GAGGCGUGGUGACUCCCUGGUGUAACCUGGCAGUGGUGUUUUAUUUAUAUAAUAAUAAUAACUGGAAUACAGGUAUCAGCUUAAUCCAAAGUGUUGAUUUGAUAGAAGUCGUGAAUUGAAAAAGGUGGCGGAAAGUUUCUGGUAGUAAAAUUGUGCGUAUUGAGGGAGAUAUCGGGUCUCCUUGUCACUUCACAGUGACUGUCAGUGGCACACCAUUUAUUCGAUUGUUUAAAGAAGAUGGUAGAUCGUUUGGCAAAUAGUGAAGCAAAUGCAAGGCGUAUAAAUCUAGUGGAAAACUGUUUUGGUGCUGCUGGUCAACCUUUGGCUAUUCCUGGCCGAGUCCUUAUCGGAGAGGGUGUGUUAACAAAACUUUGCAGGAAGAAACCUAAAGCAAGGCAGUUUUUCCUGUUCAACGACAUUCUUGUGUAUGGUAAUAUUGUUUUACAGAAGAAGAAAUAUAAUAAACAACACAUUAUUCCUCUAGAAAAUGUCACAAUUGACACACUGCCCGACGAGGGAGACCUACGAAAUGGGUGGCUUAUCAAGACUCCCACAAAAUCGUUUGCCGUUUAUGCUGCCACUGCAACGGAAAAAUCUGAAUGGAUGAAUCACAUAAAUAAAUGUGUGUAUGAUUUAAUAUCAAAAAGUGGAAAGACUCCUAAUAGUGAACAUGCUGCUGUCUGGAUCCCGGAUUCUGAGGCCUCAAUUUGUAUGCGCUGUCAGAAGGUUAAGUUUACCCCAGUUAACCGCCGCCAUCAUUGUCGGAAAUGUGGUUUUGUUAUCUGCGGGCCCUGUUCUGAAAAAAAGUUUCUUCUGCCAAGCCAGUCUUCGAAGCCUGUGCGAGUUUGUGAUUUCUGCUAUGAUCUUCUAACCACCGGGGAAUUGACUUUAGGCCAAGCCAGCAGAUCAGACUUAUUUUGCCAAUCUCCCAAAACCUCAAACGAUUUGUCCGACGACGAUGAGGAUGAUGAAGAUAGCAGUGACUAAGCUAAUGCAGCACACAUUUUUGGAACAUUUUAAUAAAUAUUGAGCUGCUUCUACAUGGGGUUCUUAAAAGCUUCAGCAACUGUGUAAACCCCAAUUAAUAGUCUGGUUUUGCCUGAGAAUAUUUAAUUUGAUGUGCCUCAAUAUAAAAAUACUUCCGUUCCUUCAGGGAUAAACUUUAUAGAUUCUAUAAUUAUUAUUUUAUUUUUUUUUUGGGGGGGGGGAGUUCAGUUGCUUCUUUUUCUCUUCACAGUAUGUUUUGAUUUUGAAAAUCUGCAAAAUAUCUACUUUUUCUGAGAUAUAAUUAUUUAAGAAAAUUAGGGGUAGGUACAUAAGAAUCUAAAUGGAAACCUUUUUUAUGACUUCAAUACUAUUUUCUAAAUGAAUGAGAAAUUCUGUUUCUACACACACAUGCAAUAAGCAUAAAACUAUUCUGUGCCUUAUCUCCUAAAUUUAGAAAUACUAUUACUUAGUUGUACUAAUUCUAUGCAUGGUGCUUGGUCAAACACUAGGAAUAAAAGCAGUGUACUUCAUAAAGCUAAAACAAAUGGUUAGCUUUCCAGAGUAUUUUUAUUCCUAUGUACACAAUCGUUUUAUACAAAUGUCCAUUUGUAUUUUACUUAAAGCUACAAUCAAUGUUUUAUAUUUCUGUCUUCCCUUUGUCUCUUAUGGGAAAAAUUCUAAUAAUACAAGCGUUCAUUUGUAACAUGAUUUUAUUACUUAUCAAAUAAGCAAUUUUUAUAGAGCUCGUGUAUCCAUAGCAACUGUCAUUUUAUACAGGCAGUUCUAAAAAUAAAUAAAAAUCAAUUUAUUUAAUAGUAAAGCAUCAAUAGAACAUACAGUACAUACACGAUUGAAUCGUUUUCAAACCAAAAUGAGAAUGAAUGAGCCUGUAGUUUGUUUGGUAAGGAGCAUCUGUCUCUUAAAUGUUUCAUCAAGAAUUUUCUAACUUAUUGCACUAAAACAUUUUCACAAAAUGUACACAAAGACUUGGAUGGAUUUUUUUUUUUAAUACACUCAAGCAUAUUAAAUGUUGAAGCCAGACUGAAAUUUUGGGAGCCUCGAAGGAGUUGCUUACUUUAAAACGUUUAGUAGCACAAUAUAUGACACUAUAAUAAGUUAUAUUAGUAAAAGGUCUAUAAAAGUUAGAAACUGCAAAAUCAUCUGAAAAGAAUUCCCUUGAAUUUAAUUAAUAAAGGGUGGAGCAUGCAAACUAAAUGUAUUAAGUUUUUGGCUUAGAUAGCAACAACAUUUUACAGAAGUACUGAUGGUGAUUAUGGUUCUCCUAACAGAACUAUGAACCUUAAAACUGAAAGUCUAAGACGUUCAAGGAUACCAAAUUCAUAAUUUGAACAAAAGAUCAAGUGCAAACGGGGUGAAAAGCAUUAGAGAAUUAUUUUUUACUUCUAAUAAAAUCACUGAAACUAAAA